UGUGGAUACCGCCUCCGAGGAAAAUAUUCAUGAGAGUAAUGGUACGCUGAUUUUCCCUCCUCGCACCCAAUGACUCCAUUAAGCCGAUCUCAGCUCAUCGGCCUCUCGUCUUUUCCUCCUCCUUCAGUAUUCCUUUCAUUACAUCUCCGAUUCCAAGGUCCGCGAACACUCCUCUCAAUCGCCGAACCCGCAAAAUAUCUCCUUUGCAGCUCCUACGCGGCUUCCCCUCAACUUUCUAUCUCUCCCUCGAAGCAGCUUCGAGCUAGGGUUUCCCAUGGCCGAGCAGAUGAAAGGCUGGGCCGUAAGAAGGCAUAUGAGGAGGAAGAAGAUGACUUUGAAGAUUUGGGUGUGGAAGGGGAGGUCUUUCAGAAAACGCUGAGGCUGGUGGAGUGCUCUAUGUUCGCUUCUGUUACGGGCCUUGCUUACUUUUUAAGCAAUUCCCUUGCCAUUGAGAACUAUUUAGGCUGUUUCUUCUCAUUACCUAUAGUGAUCUCCUCUAUGAGAUGGGGACUGGCUGCUGGCAGGAAAACAAUGGUUGCCACAGCCAUGCUCCUCUUUAUCUUAUCUGGACCUGUCAAAUCAUCUACUUAUCUGGUAAUCCUCCAUGAAUGGUGCUGCUGUUUCAGUUCCUCAGACUCAAGAAUGCUAAUGCAUGGGUUGGUUGGUCUUGCAAUGGGUUCAUUGUGGAGGCUGAGAAUAAAUUGGAGCGUCUCGCUAGCUUUAUGCACACUUGUUCGAGUGACUGGAGUUGUUGGUUAUGUUCUACUAACCUCUUUUUUAAUAAGAGAGAAUAUACUGAAUCUGAUCACCAUUAAUGUUCAUGCCUCGCUCACCUAUGUCCUGGCAGCCAUUGGAGUGAGUAUUAUACCAACAAUGGAUGCUAUAUAUGCUAUAUUUGGGACACUGUGCUCUAAAACAGCUUCUUCUCAACUGUGGAUUCUUUGUUUUAUUGCUGCAUAUUCUUUAUGCUGUAUUCCUCACCAAACUUGGGAUGAAAGCUUCUUUGGCGCUUCCAGGAUGGCUGGAGAAGGUGGUCUGAAUAAUAGAUAGCCACGCAACUACUAUUCUGGGCUGAAAUCUUCAAACUUAAAUGAGAAGGUUAGCCGAGCCUUAAUGUUGUUUACAUCUCCUAAUGUUUGAAACUGUCAGUUAAGGAUGACAACUUAAAAUUGAAAGGGGUGUGGUAGGAUUUUAAGGCAUUGAAGUGAGAUCCUUUUCCAGUAUUUAAUCCUUUGAUGAGUCCCGUUUUGCUCCCAAUUUAAUCCUUUGAUUAGUACAAUAUCCAUAAGAAUUGAUUAACAAAACAAGCUUGGAAUCAUAAGAAAUAAGUUCAUGAACCAUAGCUGUUAAGAGUUUGAUUUUUAAGAUUUUCACAAUAAGUGUUAUUGUAGUUCUGCAGAUCUACAAACCAACCAUUGUAGUCAUUGUGGAAUUUCAUGAGGAAAAGAUCUUCUGUUUUAUAAUGUAUAAUCAAGAGGUGUUAUGAAUGUUUGAUACAUAUUCUCAAACUAAUUUUAUUUUUCAAUGCUCUAUUUUAUCUUGCAUUCAUAGAACAAUCCUUCUUACUUGUG